AUGUCUCAUACAAAAAAUGAACCAGCUAUUUUGAUUAUAGGUGAGACAGGUUCCGGCAAGAGUACAUUCAGAAAUUGGUUAUUAGGAUUUUAUGGAUACAACAAAGAUUCUAUUACUACUAAAACCUCUAAAUCAUACUUCAUUAAAAUUAAAGAUCGUACUUAUAAUCUUAUUGAUACUCCAGGCCUGUUUAAUUCCAGUGAAAAUGUCGAAAGUGAUAAAUCUUUAAAUAAGAUUGCUGAUGCAAUUAAUCAUUGUUCUUACGGGAUUCAGACAAUUGUGCUUGUUAUUAAAAAGGAUCAUUUUGAUCCAAACUCAAUCACAAAAAUUAAAAGCUACCUUGGCGAACAACAAGCUCUUGACCAUAUGAUAGUUGCUUUAACUUAUUGUGAUUUAAAACAAACAGAGGAUAAAGAAAAGUUACUAAAAGGUUUAAAUCCAAAGUUAAAAUCUUUUCUUAAUUCUAUUGGAAAUCGGUAUGUUAUAUCUCCCGAUCCAGAUUUAUUCCAAAAAAGAGAUCAAUUUAAUAGAAUUGUAAGUAAUAAUAUGGAAAAAGCCAAGAGAUUUAUUGAUAGUUUUCCUGCAGCUUAUACAACUGAUGUAUUUAAUAAAGUUCGGCAAGCUCGUGAGGAAUGUGAGAAAUCUUCUAUUCUUCAACAAAAGCAUGAAAUCAGCCAAAUGGAAAUUAAGAAUUUGAUAGUGAAAAUUAAAGAAAUUGGACAAGAAAAGGAUUUAGAAGAGGAAGCAGACCUUGAUGAACUAUCUCAUGCAAAAAAUAAAUAUACUAGUGUAAAUGAUUUAAAAAUUCGGUAUCCGGCUAUCUUGCUAUUAGGAGAAAUAGGUUCUGGUAAGAGUAUAUUCGGAAAUUGGUUAUUAGGUGAUGACGAUGAUCCAUUUGAAGCUGGAGACAAUAACAAUACAAAAACCUGUAAAUCACGCUUAAUUAAAAUUCAAGAUCGUACUUAUAGUCUUAUUGAUACUCCAGGCUUGUUUGACCCUAGUGAAGAUGUCAAAAGUGAAGAAUCUUUAAAUAAGAUUGCUGAUGCAAUUAAUCAUUGUUCUUAUGGGAUUCAGACAAUUGUGUUUGUUAUGGAAAAAGAUCGCGCCUUUCAUUCAGAACAAACAAUGAUAAAAAUUAAAAACUUCCUCGGUGAACAAGCUCUUAACCAUAUGAUAGUUUCGCUAGCUUAUUGUAAUAGAAUUCAAACAGAGAAUCGAGAAAUGUUACUAAAAUGUUUAAAUCCAAAGUUAGAAUCUUUUCUUGAUUCUAUUGGAGAUCGAUAUAUCAUAUCUCCCAAUCCAGAUUUAUUCACAAAAGACGAUAAUAUUGUAAAUAGCAAUAUGAAAAUAGCAAAAGAAUUUAUUUAUAGUUUUCCUACAGCUUACACAAUUGAAACAUUUAAUAAAGUUCAAGCUCUUGAGAAAUUUUCUGUACAGGAAAAGGAUUCAAAAAAUGAAUCAGCCGGAGGAAAUAAUUUAAAAAUUCAGUAUCCGGCCAUAUUAAUAUUAGGAGAAGCAGGUUCUGGUAAGAGUACAUUCGGAAAUUGGUUAUUAGGAUUACAUGGUGACGAUAGACCAUUUGAAGUUGGAGAACAUAACAAUUAUAUUACCAAAAACUCGCAAACACAAAUAAUUAAAAUUAAAGAUCGUACUUACAAUCUUAUUGAUACUCCAGGCUUGUUUGAUGAUAAGGCAGAUAUCGAAAAUGACAAAUCUUUAAAUGAUAUUGCUGAUGCAAUUAAUCAUUGUUCUUAUGGGAUUCAGACAAUUGUGUUUGUUAUUAAAAACGAUCCAACCUUUCAUAAACGAAAAACAAUGACAAAAAUUAAAAGCUUCCUCGGUGAACAAGCUCUUGACAAUAUGAUAGUUACGUUAACUAAAUGUAAUAAAAGACAAACAGAGAAUCAAAAAAUGUUUAUAUGUUGUUUAAAUCAAAGGAUGAAAUCAUUUUUUAGUUCUAUUGAAUAUCGAUAUAUCAUAUCUCCUAAUCCAGAUUUGUUCACAAAAGACGAUAAUAUUGUAAAAAGCAAUAUGGAAAAAGCAAAAGAAUUUAUUCAUAGUUUUCCUGCAGCUUAUACAACUGAAACAUUUAAUAAAGUUCGGCGAGCUCGUGAGCAAGAUGAAAUUGGACGAAAAAUAGCUAGAAAAGAGAUAGAAGGGAAAUGCUUCAAGUUGGACACAAAGGUUAUUCUUGAAGGAGGUAACUUGGUACCAAUGUCUGGGAUAACAGUAAAUGAUAAAGUUUGCGUAGAUGUUAUCAAUGGGAAAUUAAAGUUCUCAGAAGUUUAUUUGAUUGCACAUUGUGAUUACGAAGAUGAGACUGAAUUUUUAAAAGUGGAAUAUAUUUCACCUA